AUGGUUUCGGCUUUCGAAAAUGAGUUCGCUGACAUGCUUCAAGUUUAUAAACAAAUGCCAGACUGCAAUCUGUCAAUAGUAGAUAUUCUCCAGGGUCAACUUGAUGUGGACUCUGCCUCGUCCACUCCAACGUGUCUUCCCUCAACCCCAGUAUUCGGGGGCACCGAUCCUUCUCUGAGAACACAGUCAAAGAGCUCUUCCACGAUCAAUGGCAACGAAAAUGAUUUCAUGGAUUUCCACUGGGAUGAAAACGACGGGUGUCCUUAUCUAUGGAAUCCCAUAAAUGAGGUUUCCUCUUCUACGCUAGCUGGCAUGGAAAGAACUGGAGAUAGUUGGCAUCUACCAAACGAGAAUUCCAAAGAAUCCCAACCAACCCCAAUGGCGCCCAUGCACACUUUCCAAUCGACCCAGGCGCAAAGUACUGCAUCGCCUGUUAGCCAAGACUCUGUAGAGCCCAAGCACCACAGCAACCCACAGGGAUUGACUGCAUCUCCCCGUCCCACAGCGCCCUUCGCUCACAGCUCCACGACAAAAGAAGUGGCGCCAAGAUCAUCCAUCUCCACUGGAAACCCACCGUUCGACUUGGCGCCCAGUCCAAGUCAACCCAGCAUCGCGUCACCAUGCCCAGCUUCACCAAUUCCCAAAGCGGCAAUUGCACGCAAGAAUUCCACUGCGGCCUGGAAGCGACGCAACUGGCACCCAACGGCUACCCUAGAUUUGCGACCUAAGGUCAGUCCUGUUGUCCCAUUUCUCAACCAGCAGAAUGCAACUUCCCCCGAUCUCUCAACCCAUAACCUCGACACAAAAUCAAACUACCAACACAUCCAAGACGGCACAUUACCCCCAGGUGUCAAAUACCCCAUCCAAGUAACAAAAGACAAUCUCAACCAAAAACGCACGUACCACAGGCUGGCCGAACGGAACCGUCGAGACAGGUUCAAUACCGCAAUCAGAGAGAUGGAAGCUCUCAUUCCGGCGGAAUUUGUCGAAGAAAGAAAUAAAGCGUCAGGGCUUGCCUUGACUGCUAUUUCUAAUUCGAAUUCUACAAAGGAAAAGGAAAAGGCCCCGUCUGUGGAGCAGACGAAGGCUGAUGUUAUGGAGAUUGCGGCUGAUUAUAUUAAGAUGUUGCGUGCGACUCUUGAUGAGAAGAUUGAGCGUAUAAAUAGGCUUGGUGUGGCUGGGUCUGAUGUCUCUGUAUGA